CGAAACAUCCAAUCUAUACUCUGGCGACGAUUUUGCAUGUGUAAUAUUUUAUAUUGAGAGAAAACGGCGAGGAUUCCUCCCCGGGAGCUUUUGGCCCAUGUCGCGCCAGAUCGACGUCGUCCUUUUCGAGUCCUUGACCGGCCAUGCCUGAGCAAUCGCAACCGCCCACAGCCCCAAUCGGCCCCGACCGCGCCGACCGCGACCACGAUACCUGGAGACUUCUCUCCCGCUCGCCGCACCCUUAUCACAGGCUGAACUCGGAGCUCUUCGAAGCGUCCGACCAUCCCACGUCCCAACCGAUCACCACCGGCCAUUAUUCAAGCGCCACAUCCACACACCCGUUCCCCGCCUUUGCGCGAGACUCGCCCAUCAGCGAGAGCGGCACCGAAGCUGACGACGAGCACUUCCUCAAGGGGCUGCCCGCUCCAAAGACACGGCCGCAUAAGGGACUGAGGGGCAGAAGUGAGCAGGCGUCGGCAUGUUCCACGCCAUUGCUCUCCCCGGCAGUGCUGGAAGAGGAGGGUCGCGAACUGCAUGCGAGUUCACAUCAUGGAGGUUACGGACGUGUCAAGAGGGGUGCUGCGGAGAGGGCUUGCCGGCGCAAGGAGCUGAUUCGAAGGGCCACCGAAGUGCUCCUGGUCGUGUGCCAAGGGGCAAUGGUUGCUUCCAGCACCAAGGUCUGGCCCUUUCUCCGCCUGUACCAGAGAGAAUUCAUAGCCGUAGGCGGGCUGUUCUGCGGUCUGGCUGUGGCCUACCCCUUGAGACUGGUUGCUUGGGCGUAUCGCCGGGGGAAGCCUCGGAGCCUUGUCCCACUACGCAUUCCCGCGACAUUCGAUCCAUCACCCGUCAUCUACCCUCCAUUGGUGCCUGUCAUUGUGUCGCUACUCAUCGCCGAGAACGUCAAUGGCGCUGUGCUACCGAGUUUGGUUCUCAGCAUAUGUACACUGCCGCGGCCGCUUGUCCCUGGUGCCCGAGACUCCGAGUACUACAGCGGCGGCCACUGGCUGCUAUCAUGUCUCCCCUUCACGUUGGGAUUUCUCGCGCCUACAAGGGAAGCGCUCUUGAGUGACGGGAUCUCGCGGGAGGUUUUGGUGUUGCUUUAUCCCUUGCAUCAGACCCUCUGCCUCGUCUUAUACCAACUCACAACCACCAGUCUCCUGGUCUCCGAGCUCCAGUUGCUUUCAGCCGCUCUCAUCAGCCUCCUUCUACUGGCUAGAUCUCCCCAAGCUGUCAUGCUGAAAGCACUACUCUGGGGAGGCGGCCUCGGCCUUGCUGUUUCCUGUGGCCAGGUGAUCCAAUGGGGAAUCUCUCUGGCUCGUGUGCCGAAGUGGCGUUUCAAGCAAGACAGGUCUCCCACGGGGAAUAAGUCCCUAUAUCGAUUUCUAUGGGACAUUUUGCCUCUCCAGCGCGCUCGCUCCGGCUUGGCGGCCCACCGCGAUGGCGCCCUGUCAGACACGGACCGUUCGGUGGAGGAGUAUCUUGACGGCCAAGCCUCUCCGCCUCUGAAAAAAACCAGACGGUCGGAUAGCGUGAGCGACGUCGAGCUCACGACGGGCGGUUUCACGAGCUGGACCACUGUUCAUCCUAAUAAUACCACAGAACCAUCACAGCAGAGCCCAUCUCGAAGACACACCGUUCCCGCAACGGGCAAACCGGUCGCUCGGGCCAAGUCAACUACUACCCCUUCAGGCCGCCGGAAACGCGCUACCUCGUCCAGCGUCCGCGCCUUCUUCUCCCUCACCCAAGCCCAAGCGACCGCGCGCAAGUGGCUCUACGCCGGCUACCUCUACCUCUGCAUCCUCCUCGUCAUCCUCGUCGGCAUUCGCCUUUACGUGCAGAAGUACGCCCUCUCCGGCCAAGAGCCCAUCGGUUGGGCGCUGGCCUACCUCUUCGGCGACAUUCCCCAAUUCCGCUUCCAAGUCGUCAACACCGGCCUCGAGCGCUGGAUCCCUCUUCCCCCCCUCCUCCCCCAUACCGCCGCCGGCGCAUCGUGCUGUAAAAACGGCUGGGUCGACCACACCCGCCGGCUCACCCUCGGCGGCCCCACGACCCGUCUCUUCCUGUCCGCCUACUGGCUCUUCAUCAUCCUCACCGGCCUUGCUGUCGUCUUCCGCCUCUCCCCGGUCUGCGAAGUCGACACCCGCCGCAAGGUCUUCCACUUCAUGAUGGUCGCCAUGUUCCUGCCCAUGACCUACGUCGACCCGUGCUACGUCGCGCUGGCUCUGGCCCUCAUGCUGGCCAUCUUCUUGGUACUGGAUCUCGUGCGAGCCAGCCAGCUGCCGCCUCUGUCCCGCCCGAUCGCCAAGUUCUUGACGCCCUACGUGGACGGGCGGGACCUGCGGGGACCCGUCGUCGUGAGUCACAUGUUCCUGUUGAUAGGCUGCGCGAUCCCGCUCUGGCUGAGCCUGGCGGCGAUCCCCCGUUCGGCCGAGGGAGACGGGCCUUCUGCGGGCUGGGAGGUGCCGACCCGGGAGGUGGGAAUGGUCGCCGGCGUGGUCUGUGUCGGGCUCGGGGAUGCGGCGGCGUCGCUCGUGGGCAGGCGCUGGGGCCAUCGGAGGUGGCUCUGGGGCGGCGGCAAGAGCCUGGAGGGGAGCGCGGCGUUCGCGCUGGCCGUCUUUGGCGGGUUGAUGAGCGCCGCGCUGUGGCUGAGGGUCGGCGGUUGGCCGGUCACGCCGUCGUCUGAUGUCGUCGGGGGGAUCCGCGAGUCUGGAACCAGAACCACCGGCUCGGGACUGGAUAGCCUCAUAACGAUAGACUAA